UUGAGGCUAGGGUUUCGGCAAAUCAAAUGAGGAGAAAGUUAUCGAAGUUAGUAGGAACAGGAUUUUACACAGAAGCUCUGUCUUUAUUUUCAAAGCUCCAUUUUCAGUCGCACCCACUCAAUGAAUUCACUUUCCCUUUCCUUCUUAAAGCAUGCUCGAAGCUCAAAGUAAUUCCUCAUGGCCAAAUGCUUCACGCCCAUCUCACCAAAACUGGGUUCAAUUCAGAUAUAUAUACAGCCACAUCCCUUACAGACAUGUACAUGAAGUUUGUGUUAUUAGCUAGUGCCCUCAAGGUGUUCGACGAAAUAUCUCAACCAAAUACAACGUUAAUCAACGUUCUUGUAUCUGGGUUUUCCCAGAAUGGAUGUUAUGAGAAAUCUUUGGACGUUUUUAGACGAGUUAGCGAGUAUGGACUCAGACCCGAUUCGGCUACGAUUGCUAGCUUGUUAUCUGGUUGUAACAAUGCUGUGAAAGAUGGGUUCCAGGUUCAUUGCUGGGCGAUCAAGAUUGGCGUUGAAACCGACAUUUAUGUAGCUACAUCGCUCGUGACAAUGUACUCGAAUUGUAAGGAUCCUGUGACUGCAUCAAUUGUUUUCGAACGAAUCUGUGAUAAGAAUGUCGCUUGCUAUAAUGCAUUUGUUACUGGUUUAUUGCAGAAUCGAAUUCAUCAACCGAUAUUUGAAGUGUUUAAGGAAAUGCUAAGAUGGUCGAACCAAAACCCGAAUAGUGGCUCAUUUGUAACCAUUCUAUCUGCCUGUUCUGAUCUCAAGAAUCUGAAAUUUGGCAGACAGAUUCAUGGGUUUCUAAUUAAACUUGAUUUGCUACUCGAUGUGUUAGUCGGAACAGCGCUUUUGGAUAUGUAUUCAAAAUGUGGAUAUUGGCAUUGGGCUUACGAUAUCUUUCACGAACUCUGUGGUUUCAGGAGCUUGAUAACGUGGAAUUCAAUGAUAUCUGGGAUGAUGAUGAACGGUGAAAGUGAAAACGCUAUCGGUCUGUUUAUGAUGUUGGAAUCCGAUGGACUUAAACCGGAUUCAGCAACAUGGAAUUCAAUGAUCAGCGGGUUCACACAUCUUGGAAAAGCCAAUGAAGCGUUCUUGUUCUUUAGAAAAAUGCAGUCUUUUGGAGAAACCCCAGGUAAGAAAUCGAUCACUAGUUUACUAUCAGCUUGUGCAUCUUUAUCGACAUUGGUGGCCGGAAAAGAAAUCCAUGGACAUUCUAUUAGAACUGGUAUCAAUUACGACGAAUUUCUUGCUACUGCACUCGUUAAUAUGUACAUGAAAUGUGGUCGAUCUUCGUGGGCACUUUCCGUCUUUAAUCAAUUCGAGAUAAAACCGAAAAAGCCAGUGAUUUGGAAUGCUAUGAUAUCUGGGUAUGGUCAAAAUGGUGAGAGUGAAGCUGCUUUUGAAAUGUUCGAAUGGAUGAAACGAGAGAAUGUAGAGCCAAAUUCUUCUACUUUUAACUGUCUUUUAUCGGUUUGUAGUCACGGUGGUAAAGUUGAGAAAGGUUUGGGCUUUUUUAGCUCGAUGAAAGGCUACGGGUUGGUUCCAAAUUCAUUGCAUUACAGUUGUAUGAUCGAUAUAUUGGGUAGAUCCGGGAGGAUAAAUGAAGCUAGGGAGUUAUUGUCGAAAAUGCCUGAAGUUUCUGGUUCGGUUCUUGGUUCGUUGCUUGGUGCCUCUAGAUUUCAUUCGGAUUUGAAACUGGGAGAAGAGAUGGCGGGAUUGCUUGCGGAGAUGGAUCCCGAAAGCUCGACACCAUUCGUGAUGUUAUCAAACAUUUAUGCCGGAGAGGGAAGGUGGAAGGAUGUUAAAGAGUUGAGAGAUGAAAUGGAUCGAAAGAGGUUGGAAAAGAUUGGGGGUUUUAGUUCAGUAAGUGAAAGAUAA